UGCUGGUUUUAAUUUGCAUGUGAGCUCACCGAGUCGCCCUGACAGGUUAAUCCGCAUGUUAACUCAUUAGGCUUUGUUCUCGCCCUGGCACAAAAUUCUGAUUAAAUGCGGUAGUCAAUUCCAUUGAACUGGCUGGGAAAACAGUUUAGGUUUGAAAACGGUUUAUUCGAAAGUUUUACUUUAGAAUCAAACGAAAGUCUGGUUUGCAACCGGAGCCAUCAAAAAACCUAAAUUGAGUGGAGACCAACUCAUCGCAGCUGGUUUUAACAAGAACAAACAAACUAUGUCACAUUUUAUGAGCUGCCAGUUAUCAGACCCUAAGCUUGGCUAGCUUCACAAGCUUAUCUUGCUUUAUGGAACGACCUUGUUAACUAUUAUAUGCGGUCAGACCGCCCACAGCUAUCGCCCCGAUAAAAUUCUAAUGAGCCCAAAUACAAUGUAUAAAAACCCCCAAUGCUUAGUCGAAGCCAAACAGUAGAGGGUACUAAUCCCAAAGCACAAGAACAACAUGGAAGCUCGAUGGAAUUUGGUCUUGCUAUUGCUCGGUCUACUGCAGCUCACAACUGGCAACCCCGUGGGCAACGUAAUAGAUUUGGAUGCAUAUUUUGAGAUGGCGAACAGCAGCUCGCAGGAGCGAGUGGUGGGCGGCUACGAUGUGCCCGACGAUGAGUAUGUGCCCUACCAGGUGUCCAUGCAGUUUCUAACACGCAGCGGCAAAAUGCGACACUUUUGCGGUGGCUCCUUAAUAGCGCCCAACCGGGUGCUCACCGCGGCGCACUGCGUCAAUGGGCAGAAUGCUAGCCGGAUCAGCGUGGUUGCGGGCAUACGUGAUCUUAAUGACAACACCGGCAAUCGCGCCCUGGUGCAGUCGUAUGAGAUGAAUGAGCACUACGAGGAGCUGGUGACCAGCGAUAUAGCCAUACUGAAGAUUGAUCCACCCUUUGAGUUGGAUGGCAAACGCGUGGGCACCAUCGAUGUUAGCAGCAAUGAGCUGGUUGGAGCUGAUCAGGAAGUGCUGCUUACCGGUUGGGGCUCUGUGUUUCACUUUGGCACCGGACCCUUUGCCAAAUACCCGACCAUACUCCAGAAACUCUCCUACAAGACGCUCGACAAUGCCAAGUGUAAGCAGACGAUGACUCAGCUGACGGAUACGGAGAUUUGUGCGCUGGAGCGUUUUGGCAAGGGUGCCUGCAAUGGCGAUUCGGGCGGUCCUUUGGUCAUGGCCAACGGCGAGUCGCUGAAGCAGGUGGGCGUCGUCUCAUAUGGCACUGCCUUCUGCGCCUCAAACAGUCCCGAUGUGUACACUCGCGUCUCCAUGUUUGAUGCUUGGAUUAAAGAGCGCAUGGCUUAGGCGGUGCAUGCCCACACCAUACAUGACACAUACCCUUACUACUAAAACAAAGCUGACAAAAUAAAUUAAAGUUCAUUAAAUUAAGGCAGUUGCUCAAUUCAAGCAGUAUGCAAAGAACGCAAGCAGUGCACAAUAUACUACAAUUUUUUGCUGCAUACUUUUAAGCUGACGCAAAAUUGCCGUUAAGCAGUGCGGAUUAUGGUCAAAUAUUGGCAGAAGAAUAUUAUUUAAAAUACAAAUUCACA